GAUUAACGCUUUGACAUGUGGGGGGACAAGUCCGCACCUUAGAUCACAGCAGCUCGGAUGCUGUUUGUAAAAAAUAUAUAUAUUGACAAUGGAAAUGCACGUCAACAGCAGGAGGAGAGGCCGAUGUCUACGUAGGAUGGUAUGAUGACAGACAGUCACGGCCAGUGUGUUGGAAAACAGCCUGAUCAGAAAGCAUGGGGCUCAAGCUCACUGGGAAGGGACAACAUAGCCACAGGAUGGUGAUCUUGGCGGCCCUCUUCGUCCUCAUGACACUCCUCAUCCUGUACGGCUCCAACAAUGUCAUCGACGAAGUGUACGCUCCGUUUCACGUGGCCACAAAUCACGCGGUCAGGUCCACAGAUUUGAAGAAGUGGGCCGGGAGAGAAGGUUAUGUGCCGGUUUACGGGAACAAGAAUAUGACCCUUCGCUGCCAUCACUGUGCACUGGUGACGAGCUCCAGCCACGUCCUGGGCACUGGAGCAGGAGAAGAGAUCGACCGUACGGAGUGCGUGAUUCGUAUGAAUGACGCUCCCACGAUGGGUUACGAGACUGAUGUAGGGAACCAGACCUCUCUGAGGGUCGUGGCCCACUCCAGUGUGUUCAGGGUGGUUCGGAAGCCUAAUGAGUUCUUACACCGGCCGGACAGCAACCCGGUGAUCAUCUUCUGGGGACCUCCAAGCAAGAUUGGGAAGGAAGCCAAAGGAACCUUGUACAGAUUGAUCCAGAGAGUCAGCAUGACCUACACCAAUUUGUCUUGCUUCAGUAUCACAGCCAGCAAGAUGCGCCGUUUUGACAAUCUGUUUCAUAGAGAGACGGGACGAGAUAGACAAAAGUCUCACUCGUGGUUGAGCACAGGCUGGUUCACCAUGGUGAUAGCCAUUGAGAUAUGUGACAACAUCAAGGUAUACGGGAUGGUUCCACCCAACCACUGCGGAAAGAAAAAUGGAUCCAGAAAGAUGCCCUACCACUACUACAAGCCCAGGGGGUCCGAUGAAUGUGUAACGUACAUACAGAACGAGGGCGGCCGAAGAGGGAACCACCACCGCUUUAUUACGGAGAAACACGUGUUUGCACGCUGGGCAAAACAGUACAACAUCACCUUCAUUCACCCCAAAUGGUGACAAGACUUCCGUGAACAGAGAGAUCUCACAGAGGCCUGAAUGGAAAAAAAAAAAAAAGCGCUGAUGAACUGGAUUGAACUCCCCGCCCUUUCGAAUGAGCCUUCAAGUAUUCACAUCAUGAAUGACAGCUAUUUUCCGAAAUUGCCACGAGGAUGAAAAAAAAAACAAGUUCUUGGAAAAAAAACUAACUAUAAAUGGACCAAAUUACCCGAGGAGAUGUCUGGGAAUGUUCGCUGUUGCAAAAGAGUGCAGAAUCUCAGUUUUGAGAGGUUUCUCAAAUACUCUGCCUGCCAUCUGUUUUUUUGUAAAUAGAACAGAAAAUGAAUUUUUACAUGUUUAUAAUAUUUUUGUUAUUAUGUAUUGAAAAUCCGCUUAUGUUUCAGGAUUAUAUCAGCAAGCUUUCUCAUUAGAUACAACAAAGUGGCCUAUAAAACACUAUAUUCUAUUAGCUCGCCAUUGUAUAGAGAUUAUACUCAACAGUAACUCACUAGAUCACUAAUUCAGACUAUAGAUACAGCGUACACUGGCUAGAUACUGUUUCCAGUUUUACAAAAGUAGUUCCUGAGCCAAUUUCUUUUCAGUAUCAUGCAUUUUGAUUUAAAAAAAGGAUAAGCCAAACACCGUCCAAACAACAACUAAAUAAGUCUAAAAUUGGCAAAACCUUUCAUUAAAUCAGGAAAUACCUGAUUAAUAUGUAAACACGACUAACGAUCUGACAAAGAUUCAAUGCCAGCUUACUUUACUUGAUGCAACUUUUAAAAAGUUCUGAGCCUCGGACUCAGCUCUUCUUAACAGGUGUCAGAUGUUUAUAGAGAUCGAUAUAAGUGUGAAACACGUGCGUACCUUCAGUUUGACAGUGUUAAUUAAUAAACAGUGAUAAAUAAUUACCUCACUAUUUGGACACAUUGCAGAAAUUACGCGGCACCAAAUGUAUUCUCGACACGCACAGAUGUGUGACAUUACACAAAAGUUAUGUUGUCACCUCAAUCAUGUUAAUUAACACCUAAUUUGAAGACACUUCACACUCCAUCAUAGCUGUGAACAUAAACUUUGACAUGAUGUCGCCUCAUGAACUGAAACCUUUUUACCUCAGUGGCAGCGCAUGCAGCUUCAGUUCAAACGGUCCACAUAAUGCAUCGUGUUAUGUGUCAGUAGGUUCCUCUCCAAGGACUGCACGAAUAAAUUUAAAACUGUAUUUUUUUUGUUGGUAGAAGCAAGAGAAGGAUGCGAUUUCUUAAACUAAGUUGCCUUUUUGCAAAUUAUUUAUCUGUAGAUGUAUUUUGUAAGAAUAUUCAUCUUCAGGAGAUCAAUGCGGACGCAGUGCGCUCGAUUAGUUUGGAUCAGCGUUGUCCAUUUCUUUAAAAAACACAUCACUCAGUAAUGAUAGGAAGAAAAUACAUGAAUAAAUUAACUGUUAUGCUACUUUAACAAGAUUAAAUUGCCUGCUAAAUUUAUGGAGAUAUUAACCUGAAAAAUAGUUACUCAAUUUUAUAUGACGCACAAUUUAAAAAGGUCCAGUGUGUGAUAUAGAUAUAAUAUUUACAGAGUACGGCAGAAAUGGAAUAUAAAAUGCAUAACUAUGUUUUUAUUUGUGAAUAAUGGCUAUGUUUUUGUUACUUUAAAAGCUUUUCGUGGCCACUGUAGUUCCUCCUUCAUGCUGGGAAGGAGAGGGUGAGGUGACUACACCUCUAGAUGUCACUCAGUCCUACACACUGGUCCUUCUUAGAAGAACUGAGAACUGAGAACCAUAAAGAAUAUCCACAACACAGACGGUGGCAGCUGAAACAGCAAAAAAGAAAUGUAACAGAGAAAUCAGAAAUAAAAUUUUAAAUAAUGUUAAUUGCCAAGUGGGUUUACACAUACCAGGAGCACCAACGUUAAAAAUAUAAGAUAAAAAGUCAAGUAUUAAAAAAUAUAAACUGUUUAAAUAUAUAUACAAUAUGUUGUAAAAUAAAAAAAGAGUCGAGCAGGAGAUGACGCAAACACAGAGUUUAUAUAACUGAGGGUAGACUGAUUAUUAGAAACACCCUUGAAUA